CGGUGGGCGGACCUUAACGAGAACACGACUCGCCUUGUUGUGUGUAUUCCCGUGCUCGCAUCGCCAUCUUGUUGCAAUCCAAUUUUUUUACGUAUGCGUGGAUCUACUUUCCGUUCGGUCGGAUUAAAAAUCGACCGUUUGCUCUCAGGAGAAUCACUGGGCACGGGGAUCUCGGGCCUGCGGGUGUGAACCGUGCAUACGGCGCUUCUUACCAGGAAACUGCCCGCCCCUCCUCGGUCUUUUUCCUCCUUCCGUCCCGGGCCACCGGGUCGCCUGCCGAGAGGGUUUUACGCGCAAUGAGCAUCGAUACACUUUUGGAGGCGGCCAGAUAUCUGGAAUGGCAAGCCCAACAACAACAGAUCACACGUGAGGAGGAGCAGCGCAAAGAGAAGCAGCUCAUCAACAGGGAGGCGGAGUCUAUGCGCGUGGAACUUGUGACCUCGUUGUCUCAGCCAAUUAGAGCCAAUCACGUUACUUGGGGAAAUGACACUCACCGCCAACAGCCGUAUCACCACCCUGCACUCCCACCCCCCUCUCUCCCAUCUACUCAAGUCCCCAUCACAGUCAUACCAAUGGUCCCAGUUGUCACUACCACACACUCGGCCCCGCCCAUUAAUUUCACAGCGCAGAUUGCAACGUCGCUCAAUGGCUCGCCACCAGCCAAGAACCUUUCCUUUCCUCCACAGCAGCAGCAGCAGCAGCAUCAUCAUCAUCAUCAUCAUCAUCCCCAUCCCACCUCUCCUCACCUGUUGUGCCCCCCCCCACAUAAAAGUAGAGACUAGUCUACAGUUAAAGGUAGAGACCAGUCCUCUGAUAAAGGUAGAGACCAGUCCUCUGAUAAAGGUAGAGACGAGUCCCCUGAUUAAGGUAGAGACUUGUCCCCUGAUAAAGGUAGAAUCUAGUCCCCUGAUAAAGGUAGAAUCUAGUCCCCUGAUAAAGAUAGAGAGUAGUCCGCAGAUGAUUGGUGCUCAGCCCAGCCAAUCACAACCUCAGAUUCAGAUUCAGUACACAACCUCCAUCAGCACUAAUGGCUCCGGCUCUCAACAUGCACUGGUUCCCCAUCAAUCUCCACCUUCAUCUCAGCCACGGUCUAACGGAGUACUGGACGACCUGAGGGGGCUGGAAGGGAAGAGGAGACCAGGGGGAGCUGGGACCAGAGAGGUGCAUAACAAACUGGAGAAGAACAGGCCCUUCAGGCGAGCGCACCUCAAAGAUUGUUUCGAGACCCUGAAGAAGAACGUUCCAAAUGUUGACGAGAAGAAAACCUCCAACCUCAGCGUUCUCCGCAGCGCUUUGCGUUACAUACAGACUCUGAAGCGUAAGGAGAAGGAGUACGAGCACGAGAUGGAGCGUCUGGCCAGAGAGAAGAUCUCGACGCAGCAGCGGCUGGCCGAGCUGAAGAACGAGCUCAGUCAGUGCAUGGACGUCAUGGAGAUCGACCGAGUGCUGCGACAGACCAUCCAGCCCGAGGACGACCAGGCCUCCACGUCCACUGCCUCAGAAGGAGAAGACAACUUUGAGCAGGACAUUGACGAUGAUGACCCGGCCCCUCCUGCUCCCCCCUCCCUCUCCAAAUCUCCCGUUAUACAUGCCCAGCAGCUGCUCACCUCUCACCUGUCCAUCCAGCACGCCACCCUGCCUCUGGGGGUCCUGACCACGUCCUCCCCCUCCGCCCCCCCUCAAGCCAUCGCACCGGCGCCAGGCCCGCCCCCUCCACAGCUCGCACAUCCCAUCCAGCAGCUCCAGCCCACCGUCAUCGCUCAUGCUGCCAUCUCCCACCCGUCAGUCAUCCAGGCUGUCAAUCACGGCCUGCCGUUGAAUCUCAAGCACCUAACACAUAUCGCCCCGUCCCCCGGCCCCAUGUCCUCCAUGUCCUCCAUGUCCUCCAUGCCUCAGACAAUCGCUCCAGGUGCUCACCAGCAAAUAUCUGCGCAGCCCAUCGGACACAUCACCGUCCACCCCUUGGCUCACCUGCAAUCCCACCUCCCGACUCUCUACCCCCAGGGUGUGUCAGUCUCCCAGCCCACCAUGAUGGGACACAUCACCCACACCUUCACCCAUCACACCCUGCCCCACGUCCAUGCUAACCCUCAAGCUAACACUAACGGAGCCCAGAUGAACAGCACAGCCGUCAUCAGCCAGGGGCACCCGUCGCUAGGGAAACCCACAGCAGUCCUGGCCCCCCACCCCCAGCUGGUUGGUCAGGCUGCGGUCCUCAACCCUGUCACCAUGGUAACAGUCCCAACCUUUCCUGUCAGCACGCUCAAACUGGCCUGAAAGAUGAACAAAAAAAGAAAAGUGGGAAAGAUUCUGAACUGAACUUCCGGAUGAAUUUUCACACUUGUCAAUAAUCACUAGCAGAGAAUCUCUGACGAAACAUUCACCAGGAAAACAUUGUUUUGUCUGGACCACGUGUGACGAAUAUCUCCAGAGAUAUUUCAGUCUCAGCUCGUUCGUUUGUGAACAUUGACGCAGAGUCGGUGGGUGAGGCCAUUGUUUGUGAAGAUAAGACUGUGACAUUUGUCUGCGCUGCAAAGACAGGAACUCUGUUUGAACUUCCUUUACACCAGAAGCACUAACAUUAUAAGCUCACACUCAGGCAUCUAAGAUUUACCUUUACCAUUCAUCCACUCAUCGAGGGAAAACGCACGAAAGAGAGGGAUUUGUUUGUCGUGAGGUUGUUGCCGUGGUGAUACAGUAUGCGCUUGUUUUUGUGUUCAUAUAAUCAUGACGUCACGUGGGACAUCCUGGAGAAAAGCUGUCACUGAUGUGUUUGAGAGCAGAGGAGGGAUCUCGCUGAUCCGAAUGAAUUACAGAGAAGUGUGAUCAAAUAUGAGGUGCACCACAUUACAUGGCCAGAUCUGCAAUUACAAAGAGAAAGACCAAAAGAAACAACUGAAUCAUCUUUAUGUGUGAUUUCUGUUCAGCUGACAGCUUCUGAUCAUGUGAGCAAGUGUCCCAUUCAACAGUGGAGUUAUUUUAUCCACUUCCCCUUUGGCUCUCUUUAUGGAGGACUCUAAAACAGUGGAAUGUUUAAAGAUUGUAAUAUGAGACUCGAUAUUGUCUUAUCUGUUGGAUAUCAUAAUAUCGGACAAGCAUUUUCCUGGUUUAGGCUGCAUUACUGUGAGGUGAUUUAUUUUGUACAAACCAGAAAAUAAUCUCUGUGAAUAUUUUUUUAAAGCACUGCUGGUCAAUACUAAUUGGUCAAAAUAGUGUCCCCUUUAAAGGGUAGAAGAAGGGUAUAGAUAACAUGGUUUGCUUAACAUACAGAAGCCUCUGUUUUAGUGGCCUUGUGGAGAAGUCUAGAGACAACAUGACCUUUGCCUGUUAGUUAUUGGAGAUUUGAUUUCCUUGUAGGAAGUCGACCAAACAACACAUUUAAAGGUAGAGCAACACGUUAAAGAUAAGCAGUCAUAAAGUCUGAGAAAGACUUCAGACUAAUGCCGUCAGUUAUAUGUAUAAAGAUAGCACAUUCCACUUUUGUCCCACAGAGAAAGGCUCGACCAUAAAUAAAUGGCAUGUUUGUAAACCAAUCAAGUCCUGUAAUAGACUGUCUGGACAUCAAGCUGAACAAAAAUCUAAAUUGUCACAAAUACAUGACAAAGAUGAGAAAAAAAACCUUACAACUGCUCUCGAAACACUCAGUGACAGGUAUCCUAUUCAGGGCUACGCAGGUUUUCAUCCUCUUCACUCUAAAGCAACAGCUCCCCCUGCUGCCUCAUACUGAUGCUACACAUGCGCACACACACAUACACACAUACACACACACACACAUACACAACACAAUGGGGGCACAAUGCAAAGAUAAUGCACAGGCUUUAAAAUGUGUAAAAACAAAGAGACUGUUGAGUCUAAAAGAACUCUUGGCCUUUUAUAACAUAACACAUCUUAACUCAAGUAAAAAAAUAAAUCCUGAGUUGUGUACUGCAUUAUAUUACAUACAGUAUGGGACUUUGGUCACAUGAUUAAAUCAAAAAUGCUGGGAGGAGUUGAGAUGUGGAUGAAAGCUCCAGAAGAGAUUUGGAAAUAGCUCUUUAAGCGUGAGAAGAGUUUACACUUUAAUGCCAUUUUGUGAAGGAUAAUUUGGCAGAAAUAGGACCCUUUUUGUAUAUCAAAUUAUAGCGAACACAAAGCCAAAUCUUCUGCUCCAGACCAGAAAAUGUGUUGAAACCCACUUGUCUUUGCGUAUGUCUAUGUAUGUUAAUGUGCACACACUCAAAAUGGCUUCACAGCCUUCUUGCCAGCCUAUACAUGUCACACCAUGAAAUCUCCCAUCAGUGUAUGUCCUCUGCUGUGUCUGUGUGUUAUGUCUGUAUAUGUAACUGUAUUCAAUAUGUUUUAUAUCCUGUACUAUAGUUAUCCUACUGUACCUGUAGCAUGGCUGUUUUUGGUUCUGCAGUUUGCCCCGUGCAUGAUGGAGUGUGUGCGUGUGUAGCAAGCAAGCUAUUUUUUUACACAGAGGUGAUUUAUGGGAUGAGUCUGUCUGGGUGCUAUCGUGUGUGCCUUAACUCAGUUUUACUGAACACUGUGACAACUCCGGCAAAACACGAACACAAUGAGCGAAUGGAAGAGACAAAUAUUUACUGUCAUGAUUGGAUUUUUUAAAGUUUUUAAGUUUUCCAUUUUGUGAGAUGGACUGAGACAAUGAGUGGAGAAAGUAAAUAAGAAAAAGAAAAAAAUAUGAUCUUUUCUGGAUAACAUAAUGUCUAAUAUUUGAGUUUUGUAAUAUUUGUAUGUAUGAAAGUUUUGUAAAUUUGUGAUUGUUUGCACGUUUUGGCAUAUGAGUGUGUGUCUUAAAAUUUUAAAUUCUUGUUUCUUUUUGGUUUUGUUGCAUGUAGAUUGCCGCUUAAGUUUCUUUUGUAUAAACGUUUUGUUUUUUGUUUCUUUUUGGGACCAUGUACAAUACUGUAUAACGUGGGCAGGAUCUUGGACCUCAUGCUACAUUGAUAUUAUAUAUGAAUAUAAAAACAUGUUUUCCCUAUGGAGAAAGUUUUAAGUUAUAUAUCGCCUGUACACUUUGGGCUGCCUUUUAGAUCUAACUGUCCACUGUUAAAGAUAACAAUGAUGAUAAUGGAUAAAACAUAUUAAUGAUGAAGAAUUUUGCUGAUUAAAUAAUAAAGAUUCUUAAUAAAUCUUAUUACAUUUACAACA